AUGAAGCUAUCAAACAUCACCCUCGCCGUCAUCGCCAUGGCCGCCAACAUCCAGGCAUCUUCCCUCACAAGCAGACAGGAGACCGACAUCGCCAACUGCUGUGUCUGCGACUACCUCGACGAAGGCUACAAGUGCACCGUCCCCCAAGGCAGCUGCGGCAUCAUGCCCCCCGAGUCGUGCCCUUACACCCUGGACGCCGAGACGCAGACCAUGUGCUGCUGUUGCGACCCGAACCCGGACGAGCCUGCGAUGAAGUGCAAGGCUGUCCCCAAGGAGGAUGGGUGCCUCUUGGCGGCUGCCAUAUUUGAUUCGGCUGUUGGUCUUGCUGUACCUUCUACACCGGAGGAUUCUCUGAUCAUUCGCCAAAAUGGCGGCGACAAGCUUGUAUUCUGCCACUUUAUGAUCGGAAUCGUCGGUGCUCGUAGUUCCCCAAGCGACUAUAACGCCGAUAUGCGUAACGCCAAAGCAGCUGGCAUUGAUGCUUUCGCUCUCAACAUUGGGACGGAUUCUUACUCUGACGCCCAGUUGGACCUGGCCUACCAGUCUGCUGCCAACAACGGCAUGAAGGUGUUCAUCUCUUUCGACUUCAACUGGUACAGCACUGGUGAUGCGGUUCGAGUCGGCCAGAUGAUUGCCAAGUAUGGAUCUCGUCCCGCCCAACUCAUCGUCGACGGCAAGGUCUUUGCCUCAUCCUUUGCUGGAGAUGGACUUGAUGUCGCAGCUAUGCGCAGUGCUGCUGGCACGCCAGUCUUUUGGGCUCCCAACUACCACCCUGAAUUCGGCACGGACUUCAGCAACAUCGACGGUGCUCUUAACUGGCUUGGCUGGCCUAACAAUGGGAAGAACAAGGCGCCAGAUGGCAGCGGAAGUGUUUCUGUUGAACAGGGAGAUCAAGCUUACAUCAACGCUCUCAACGGCAAGGCUUACAUUGCGCCGGUGUCGCCGUGGUUCUUCACACACUUCGGACCGGAAGUCCCCUACUCCAAGAACUGGGUGUUCCCUUCGGACUUCCUGUGGUAUGACCGGUGGCAACAAAUCCUCUCUUUGCAGCCUCGCUUUCUGGAAAUUGUUACUUGGAACGACUACGGCGAGAGUCACUAUGUCGGCCGCCUUGAUAGCCCUCACGGAGACGAUGGUAACUCCAAGUGGGUGUACGGAUUUCCUCACAACGGCUGGCUUGAUAUGGCCAAGCCAUUCAUCAAGGCAUACCAUAAUGGCGGAAAGGAUGUCAAACCAUACAUUUCCGAGGACCAGAUCGUCUACUGGUUCCGCCCUACGCUCAGAAGCCUCAACUGCGAUGCGACAGAUACCACGAUGGCUGACGCAAACAACUCUUCCGGCAACUACUUUAAAGGUCGACCUGCGGGUUGGGAGACCAUGGAAGACAAGGUUUUCGUCGUCACACUCUUGACUGAAGCCGCAUCCGUCUCCAUCACCGUGGGUGGUAACACGGUCACGGUCCAAGCGCCGGCUGGUGCUGCCAAGUUCUCCGUCGACAUGAAGCCUGGCGCGGUUUCUUUCAAUCUGGCUCGUGGAGGAUCGACGAGGCUUUCGGGAACGGCCGGAAUGCAGAUCUUGGAUCACUGCCCCUGCGGGAUAUACAACUUCAACCCUUACGUUGGAACAAUCCCUGCCGGCCAGCCAGACGAACUCCUGCCUGCAGCUUACUCUUCGAUCUAUGCCGGAUUGAAGGCUAGCACUUGUGGCCCCACUGGUAUGAAGCGAACUGCGGCACCGUUGGCAGACAUGGCUGUUCCGGCGAUGGCAACUCCGACUGCUUGA